AUGAGCGUAAAGCAGGAAUCGUUCAGUGAGCUAAGCUCCCUGUUGGAGAAGGUUCGCCAAUCACCGCUGCACGUGAAGGAAACGGUGAUGCGAAAGUUUUUCCAAGACUUUGAACGCUACCGUCAAUCGUUUGGGGAUGUGGGAAAUCAACCUUCAAUCUACCCAUGGUUACGGCUGCUGCUGCCUGGCAUGGACCGUGAACGGAAGGCGUACGGUUUGCGUGAACGAACCCUGGCCGAGGCGUACAUUCGUGCACUCGGGCUCGAUCGGCGCAAUGAAAAAGUGCAGCAGUUGUUGGGAACGGGUAAUGAUUUGGCGGAACGGUUAGCACCAUUGCUGCAUGGUCGUUGUCCGGCUGACGGUGAUCUGACCGUCGGUGAUGUAAAUAGCCGGCUGGAUGCGAUCGGUGAAGGUGGUCGAGUGGUGGCAGCGCGCGAUGCGCUGGUGACAUUGAUUGAACGGGGCAGUCCACUCGAUCAGCGGUGGCUGGUGCGGAUAGUACUGAAGAAUUUGCGACUAGGCGUGAGCAACCGUCGUAUAUUACAGCUGUACCACCCGAACGCACCGACGCUGUACGAUGGUGCCAGUGAUUUGAAACAGAUGGUGCAGCUGAUCGAAACGAAGGCACCAGAAGCGAUGGAAACUGCAGCUGGUAGUGGUGGUGUGGUGCUGCUAACACACUUUAUCCGUCCGAUGCUGUGCCAGCGAGUGGAACUUCGUCAGGUUGGUGAGUUGUUGCGUAAGGAUACGUACUGGCUCGAGACAAAGAUGGACGGGGAGCGGUUCCAGGUGCACUGGGAUGGAACUUCGUUUCGGUACUACUCCAGGAACGGGCACGACUACAGUGAAGCGUUCGGUCAGACGCCGGAUCAGGUGAGUGGUACAUUGACACCCAUGCUCGCAACACUGCUCGCUCCAUCCACCCGUGACAUCAUCUUGGACGGUGAGAUGAUGGUGUUCGAUCGGCGUGAUCUUCGCUAUCGGGAUAAGUGUGAUGGGACGGACGUAAAAGCACUCCGACCGGGCAAUGCAAAUCUUCGACCAUGCUUUUGCGUGUACGAUGUGCUUUACCAUAAUGGACGUUCGCUUACCAGCGUACCGUACGCCGAACGGGCCCGACUACUAACGAACGUGAUACGGGAACAGUUCGGGUUUGUAAAACAUUGCCAUCGGGAGCGGGUACGUGAUGAGGACCAUCUGAUCGAGCUAAUUAAUGCGGCCAUCGAUGCGCAGCAGGAGGGUGUGGUGUUGAAGCGUGAGGACGCACUGUACCAACCGAAUCGACGGGCUGGCACCGGUUGGUACAAGAUCAAACCCGACUACAUCGACGGACUGGUGGUGGACUUUGAUCUGCUCGUGCUAGGCGGUUUUUACAAUAUGCGCCGAACGUACGUGAACGCAUUGCUGGUCGGUGUGGCUCGCGGUCCCGGUGAGUACGUCUCGGUGGCGAAGGUUUCGAUGGGGCUCGGAGUGGCCGAAUGGCAACAGCUUAACCAAUCCCUACGACCACACUGGCGGACAGAACCGCUCGAAGGAUUGCACUGUGGUCGCACCCAGCCCGAUGUGUGGAUUACGCCCACCAACUCGAUCGUGCUGCAGCUGAAAGGUUCCGAGCUGGUACGGAGUGAUUCGUAUGGGGCCGGUUUUACGAUACGCUUCCCGCGCAUCGUUACCACGCGUGCCGAUAAGCUGCCGGACGAGGUGUGUACGCUGGAGGAGUUACAGCAGCUCGGCACCAACACUGCUGGCAGUGCGGUACAAACGGACACGCGCAAAGCGACAAAGCUUGCCAAGCGGCACGUAACGCUGGAGGAUUUAAAUGCACCCGCACCGGUAAAACAAACAAAGUCCGGUAGGAAACGUGUGAUAACGGUGGAGCGAACGUUGAUCGCGGACCACCGGGACGUAUCACCCUUGCCGGAUGGGAUGCUGCAGGGUCGGGAUGUGUGUGUGAUGAGCGUCGGCACACAGACCGGCGCACCGUCGAUCGAUGCGUUGGAAAGGUUGGUGCGACGGCACGGUGGCCGCGCUGUUGCUAACCCCAGCCCGGACACGUACGCCAUCGUUGCCGGCCGGGUAACGUUCAAGGUGCGCAAGUACAUGGAAACGGGCCGGUGGGAUGUGGUGCAGGACGGUUGGUUGUUACGGGCCGGGCUGGACGGCCGGUUGGAACCGUUCCGGCCGGAGGAUAUACUCGCCGCAACGGAAACGACCCGGAUGAAGCUGACCGAGCAGUACGAUCGCUACGGUGACUCAUACACGCGUCCCACCACACCUACAACCUUUGGCGCGUUGCUUCGCCGCAUGACCGGGGACGGUGAGCAAGGACCGAUGACGUCCCAGCUGACCGGUUUGGAAACGGUACGGGCCGAGGCGACCCUGUUGGGUGUGCGGCAAGCGACAAGGAGGCGUUUGUUUCGGGGUGUUAACGCACGGCUCUACCAGAACCGGGACGGUCCGGUGCUAAGGACGGGCGAGGACGAAGCUUUGGUGGGUGUGGACGCGUACCGGGCACAGCGUGCAAUGUUGCGGUUCGUGAUGCACGGUGGCCAGUGGUUGCGCGAUACGGAACCCGGUCCGGUCAGGUACGUGUUUGUGGCGUCGCCGGUCGAGGUGCUUGAGGUGGAAGAAUGGAUUGACACGGUGACCGGUACGAAUAAAAGCGUCCUACCGAAGCUUUUACGCGUGCAAUGGAUCGGACGAUCCAUCGAGGCCGGACGGCUGUAUGACGAGACCUAUUUUACCUACAAUGACUUCUGA